UUGCCACACCGUCUCGUUUUUUGUCUCACCGCCACAAAGAAAGGAGUUGUGUCGUCUCUCGGCCGAAAAGCGUCUCUGAAAAGCUCAACUUUCGACCUGUUCAUUAGGAAAAACACGGCAAAAAGGCUGCGCGAAUCGAGCCAACUGCUCGACCAAAGCUGUCAGCUGUGUAGUCUAGAACUGACUGUUUCACAACUGGCGGCGUCGUUUUCUGUGCAUCCACCAAAUAAAAAAGAAAAAAACCGAAUAAAAAAAUCAAACUUUCAACCUUUCUGACAAUAAAAAGUCUACAAACGCUUAAAAAAAGACAAACUGUGGUUGUGAUGCAAGCAUUUGGAAGGGGUGUGUCUCGGCCGGCCAAUGGAGGGGGGCCAGGGGGUCCGGGGAAAUCGGGGGGUCUGUUUGGAGGGGGCCAGAAGGUGGGGUUCUCGGUGAGCAAAGCUGACAACAUCAACCCAGAGGCUCAGGACUGCUAUUUCUACUACUAUUCCACGUGUGCCAAGGGUGCCCAGUGUAAGUUCCGUCACUGCUCGGCGGCCCUGGGCACAGAGGAGGUGUGUGACCUGUGGCUGAGAGACCAGAGCUGCAGGAGACUCAUCUGUGCCUUCAGACACUCUGUCCCGGAGCGCCAGCGAGGAGCCAUCCCCUGUUUCUGGGAAUCUCAGUCCGUCGGCUGUCUCAAACCUCACUGUCCGUUUCUCCACACCAAGCCACGCCCACAACCCCCCACUGUCAUGGACAGACUGGACCAGUUCAAGAAGAAAGAGUUUGAAGGUCUGAAGGUGAAGACUUUGGAAGAAAUUCGAGAGGAGAAGCAGCUGGCUUCGUCUGUGACCACGCCCACUUUUCCCCACGGGGCUCGUGAAUCGUAUAACCUCAUCUACACACCCUCACACCCUCCCCCCUCCACCUCAUCGUCGUCACAUACGUCGUUCAAACUAACAUCAGUUCUGAAGACGACGGGGCUAACUGGUGGAAAGAAAAAGCCGCAAAUCGAACUUUCGACCGGAAACGCAGCAAGCACAAGUUUUCUUCAACCGAACGCCGUUUCUCAACCAAUUGCAGCUAAUUCCGCUCACGUUUCGAAGCCAUUUGCAGUUCAACAACCUGCGAAACCAGCCCCACCCCUGAAAGUGGGCGGAGUCACCACAUCGGUGUCCGAAUCUUCAAAAAAUCUCUUCGCGUCUCGAAAGAAUCCGUUGUCUGUUUUUAGUCCAAUUUUCAGUCUGACCGCGGCAAAGAAAACGAAAAAUGAAGUAAAAUUGGCGGAGAGGGAGGGGAGGGAAGAGGGAGGGGGUAGGAAGGCCACUAUAUCAGCCAUUACGUGGGGCGAUGAGGAGGAGGGAGAGGGAGAGGGGAGAGAGGAGGCCAAGAAGGAAUCCAGGAUCAUCCAAUUUCAACCAGCGAUAGUUGAACCAGUCCCGGCAACCAAAAAGGUGAAGCUUACUACUGUAGUAGCAUCAUCAUCAUCAUCGUCAUCAGGGAUCCUCGCUAGACUCGGUCCACCGCCACUGCCUAAAGCUGCCAGCUCUCCCAUCAAACUGAACACCGGUGGAGAGCAAGGCGGAACCAGUUUGAAAGUGGGUGUGGCAAUUGGUGGGCGGGGCCAGUCGGUGGGUGGAGUCACGGAUUUCCACGUCAAGAGUCUGGAGGAGAUAAGAGCGGGGAAGAUGAAGAGACAAGAGGCCAGAGAAAAGGCUGCCAUUACUGCUGCUAGUGGUGGUCAGAAGAAUGGAGACUCUAAUACUGAGUCAGAUGUCAUGAGAGUACAAGAUCAACAGACCAAUGAAAAGAAUCAAGAGAGUGUUGGAGAAGUGGGGUCAGUGGGUUCCACGUCUCACGCGAGGUCGAGAGAUAAGAAAAUCAUUCGAGUGAAAAAACGAUCUUCGGUUCCCGUGGAAGAGGGUGUAGAGAGAGAGGUGAUGGGAGGUGGUGAGGGUUGUGAGGAUGGGAGGGGAGAGGGUGGGGAGGAGGAGGAGGAGAGUAGCGACAAGAAAGAUGUUUGUGAAGAGGUAUCGUUGACCGGGAAGUUGACAGCUCCAGUCGCAAAACGAAGAAAACUGUCUCGAACUCCGCUGUCUAUUGUACAAGCCACGCCCACAUCAGACACACCCACCAUUACAUCAUCAGAAUUAGCAGUGACCACUGCAGAGAGCCAAUUGCUACCAAACCAGACCACAACAUCUAACACUGUAGCUGAGAGUGUUGCAGAAACUGGAAGUCUUCAAAAGCCGGAAGUUGAAGAUAUGAAGACGUCAACUGCAGCAGAUGAUGAGGGAGAACAGGAAGGAGGGAGGGAAGAACAUGUGGAAUCCUCACAUAGGAAAAUGAGUGUUUCUGAAAUGAAAGCACAGAUCCAAUCGGAGCUGAGGGGUCGGGGGAUGUCAGAGAAGAUCUCUCUCGAGCAGCUGGACAGCGAGCUGGCCCGGUGGGAGGAGGAGCUGGGGGAGGUGGGGGAAGAGGGAGAGGGCGGGGCCUCAGACGACGAGAGACUCCUGGACAGCAAGACUGACGACGACCUCAUGCUGGAGUUUGCCGAAUUCCUAUGACAUAAUCCCAGAUCAUGUGACUGAUCCUAUGACAUCAUUGCUGGAUUAUGUGACUGAUCGUGCUGUAAUAUUUUCUGGUAUUCAUUCGUUCUUCACAAACUCUUAGUUUUCAAGACUAUUAUACUGUUAUGUAUAUAAACAUCUUCAUAAUUUAUAACUGAGCAAGAGGACACUGUGCGAACAAAUGAUGAUGUAAUGGUUAAUUCUUGCUAGGUUGGUUUGUACUCGGUCUAUCAAAAUCUUUGUCCAGAAAGUUCUCUUGUCUCGUGGCUCGAAGAGUGUACAGGUAAAUCCCUCCCAUUACCGCCAUAAUCGAAGCUCCCACGAGAGCGUUUCUGGUUCGCAGCUUUCUCAGAGUUUCUUUCCGCAUCUGUUGGUCCUUUAGUCUCUUUAUCAUCUCCUCGGGAGGUCCUCUGCCCGGUACUCCCUUCUGUGACUGCUGUGACAUUCUCUCCAACUGGUUGUU